AUGGCCGCGUCGUCAAAGAGGAAGGUGACGUAUUUCCACGAUGCCGACACGAUGGGCUCCUACUACUACGGCCCGGGCCAUCCGAUGAAGCCGCACCGGCUGGCGAUGACGCAUAACCUCAUCCUCUCGUACCACCUCUACCGGAAGAUGGAGGUGUGCCGGCCGCACCUCGCCACCGACGAGGAGAUGCUCCAGUUCCACGCCGCGGAGUACGUCGACUUUCUGCGGCGAGUGACGCCGGACAACCAGCCCGACUUCUCGAAGCAGCUGCAGCGCUUCACCGUCGGCGACGACUGCCCCGUCUUUGACGGCCUGUACGACUACUGCCGCCUGU